UUUUAUAAACCCCAGUAUACAAACGAACUGUCUUCAAUUCCAGCACACCCGAUCAAGAAUUCAAGAUCACCUCGCGUUGAAUAUCUGGUGGCAAUCGCCCUUCAUCUUCUUCUGUCGGUUCCUCCCCUGGGAUUUUAGGAAAAACCUAAUCGACCAUGUCUCAGACUGUUGUCCUCAAGGUUGGUAUGUCUUGUGAAGGCUGCGUUGGUGCAGUGAAGAGGGUUCUCGGAAAAAUGGAAGGUGUGGAGUCCUUCGACAUUGAUCUGAAGGAGCAGAAGGUGACGGUGAAAGGCAAUGUCCAGCCGGAUGCAGUUUUAAAGACAGUCUCAAAGACUGGGAAGAAGACGACAUUUUGGGACGCUGAAACAUCAGCAGAGCCCGAAGCAAAGCCUGCUGAAGCCACUGCUGCUGUAUAAUCAGUGAAGGCGAGAUAAAGAAGACAGGCCUGUUUGGCACUUCUUUGAUGAUGGAUUCUAUAUCAAAUGUGGACUAUGUGUUGUGCUUUCGACUUGUAUGAUAGCUACAAUAAUUUGUAUGGACAACCUUGUCGUGGAUAUAGAAGAUGGAUUCCACUG